CGGCGGCUUCCCCUCCAGUCCUACCGACGGCCUUCGCGGCUGUAUAUAGUCCCCACCGCGCCGGCUGCCGCAACGUAAACAGCGUAGCGGGCGUGCAAAUUCGCGCGUCCAGUGCACGAGCUGCGUCCGCAGUGUGCAGCAGUCACGUUCUGGACCCAGGAGAGCCGGGGCCAUGUCGCUGGAGGAGUGCGUGGGGUUGAGGUACAAGCUCGAGAAAGCCGCCGACGACAACUUCGACGAGAUCAUGGGAGCACUCGGUGUGAACUACGUGCUGCGUAAGUUGGGCAACAUGGUUACGCCAGUGAUGGAGCUGCUUCGCGAUGGAGACGAGUGGACGAUGAAGGUGACGACUGUGGUCUUGAACACUGUCACCAAGUUCCGCCUGGGACAGGAGUUCGACAACGUCACCCCUGAUGGACGCAAGGUGAAGACCACCGUCACACGAGAAGGCAACAAACUCUUCAUUGUGGAGAGGGGCGACAAAGUCUUCAAGUCAGUUCUAGAGUUCUCCCCUGAGGAGCUCACAACGGUUGGAGAACUGGAUAACAUCGUUUGCAGGAGGCGCUACAAGGUAAUAAAGUGACGGAGACAGACUCUGCAGCACAGGAAGCUACUACCGAACGAUGGGUAUCAAGACCAAGAUGAUAUUUGAGGCACCUGCCAGUUGUAGACUUGGGACAGUACUUCAUCCUUCGUUCACCAUGCCUCCGCUGCGAAAUAACUUUGGCUGCUAAUAUUAAGGAAUUUAAAAACAUUCGUUUAAGGCAGUGGUGAUACGUUUAUUUUAAAAUACUGUGUGUUGAAACAUGUAAUAGUAUGUCGUAUAAUUUACAUUAACCAGCGUUUUAAGUUCUGAGGUCCUAUGCAAGAGCUAACAUUCUGUAACGCUGUGAAGUACUGAAGUAAUUUACACCUAAGACGUAAAUGGAAAGAAAGCCAAUUAAUAUCUCUCGUGCCAUCUCUGACAUCAGCAACAUUAAAUUUCUUGAUUCAUUUAAGUGAAAUGUCUUCGAGUAAAAUCCAUACUGAUCAACGUUAACCAAUGGUUUUAAUUAAACUGCCGCUGAGGCGUGACAUUACAAUAACUGAGUAAAUAAAUAUAUUACAUUGAGUAACAGUUACGGAAAAUUUCCAAGAAUGAGAAGAACAUAUCAAUUUUUUUCAUGUUUUACGUUAUGUAUGGAAAAUUAAACAUCACUUUUACAACA